AAUGUGCUUAUCCAGACUGAAUUCUACCAGCGGGACGAGAGGCUGCAGCAGGAAGGCGGCCAGUUCAUGUUUGAUUUCGAUGGGGAUGAGAUCUUCCACGUGGACCUGCAGAAGUGAGAGACCAUCUGGCGCCUGCCCGAGUUCGGGAACUUUGCCGGCUUCGAGGCACAGGGAGCUCUGCAGAACAUUGCUAUAGACAAACAGAACAUGGAGAAGUUCAUGGAAUGGUACAACCGCUCACAGGGAGCCAUCGUGCCACCCGAGGUGACGGUGUUCUCCGAGGACCCCAUUGAGCUGGAGGACCCCAACAUCCUGAUCUGC